AUGCCUUCAUACAAGGAAACAUUUCUUCAAGCUGCUUUAGAUGCUGAAGCUCUUAAAUUUGGUACUUUCACUUUAAAGAGUGGAAGAAUAUCUCCAUAUUUCUUCAAUAUGGGAUUAUUCAGCACUGCAAAGACCUUGAGUACAUUAGGUGAAUCUUAUGCACGUGCCAUCGUUGAGUCGGGAAUUGAAUUUGAUAUAUUAUUUGGUCCAGCUUAUAAGGGUAUCCCACUAGCGGCAAUCACUGUUACAAAAUUGUACGAAAUCGGCGGUGCAAAAUAUGCCAACAUUGGCUAUUCUUUCAACAGGAAGGAAAAGAAAGACCAUGGUGAAGGAGGUUCUAUUGUCGGAUGCAAUAUGAAGGGUAAAAAGAUUCUAAUCAUUGAUGACGUUAUGACCGCAGGUACUGCCAUCAAUGAAGCAUUUGGUAUUAUUUCUGCAGAAGGUGGUAAUGCUGUUGGUUGCAUUAUUGCUUUGGAUAGAAUGGAAACUACCAAGGACUCCAAUGACUCUGCAACUAACAUUGUUGCAAAAAGAUACGGCGUCCCUGUUUUCUCUAUCGUUUGCUUUGAUGACAUUAUUGAGGUCUUGAAAGAUCAGCUUUCUGAAGAACAAAUGGAGAAAAUCAACGAAUACAGGAAACAGUAUGUUCCAGCUAAAUAG